AUGGCGAGUCUCGCCCGGCCCCUGAGGCCUCGCGGGGAAUGGGCCAAGGCCUUUCACGGAGAUGCGGGCGUUUUAUAUGUCUUGCUUAGGAUUCCACACAAAAGUGCAGCAGCAGCAAUAGCUGUAUUUCAGGUACCCUACUUUAUCAUUCAGAUCCAGGAAAAGAACAUGCCUUUGAGCUGCCUGAGGGACAGCAAGAUUGGCAUCAAGGAUGAGCACAUCUCCUGUCCAGGCCGUGGGCCCGAGGUCAGUGAGAAGCUGAUGCUGCGAGGUGGUUUCGGCCCCUUCCUCCGUCCCCGUCCCGAUGCAGGGCGAUCCGGGGAUGCGCUCCGGGAGCAGCUGGAGCGCGCCUGCCCCCGGCGCUCUCUGCAGCCCGCGGGGAGACACGGGCGCUCGCCGCCGCCCUGCUCGGAACGGCAAAGACUGGAGCUCCCCCCAGACCUCGGGAAAAUGAUCCGCGGAGCCACGCGGGGCGCAGCCCUCGGCACCGCCGCGCCAGCCCUCGCCCCGGCACGGCGCCCGGCGCCCGCCCGCCCGCCGGGAACACAUCCCCGGCCGCUGAGGGAUACUGCGACCGGGGACAAGCCAGAUGGUACCAGACAGGAAGAAGUGGAAGGUGAGCUCAGUGAAGAAGAGCGCUGGUUUGGGAAUUCUUCAGAAACUCCUUCGGAAGCAUCAUAUGGAGAAGUCCAGGAGAACUUUAAGUUGUCUCUUGAGGACAGAAUUCAAGAGCAGUCCACCUCCCCUGAUACCUCUUUGGGAAGUGCAACGCCGAGCAGCAACACAGCGGAGCUGGGAUCCAUUGAAAAUGAGGCACUAAGAGACACACUACAGAGCAAGGAGCACCUUUCUCCAGAUGUGCCCUCUCUGGGUGAGGAGGAACCUCCUGGACCAAACAAGCCGCUGAGCAGUAACCUGAGGCGGCUCCUGGAAGCUGGCUCCCUCAAGCUGGAUGCUGCUGUUACAGUCAAUGGCAGGGUUGAGUCCCCUGUAAACCUUGGCUCAAACAUCUCUUUCUCUCCACCUGCUCACCAUGCCCAGCAGCUAAGUGUGCUUGCCAGAAAGCUUGCUGAGAAACAGGAACAAAGUGACCAAUACAAUGCAGGCAGUCACUUUAUAUGGAAUCAAGGUAAGUGGUUGCCAAACUCAACCACCACCUGUGGUUUGUCCCCUGAUUCAGCUAUCCUGAAGCUGAAAGCUGCAGCCAAUGCCGUUCUGCAGGACAAAUCUUUUUCCAGGACUGAGGACAGGAUAAGCUUUGAAUCCUUUUCCUCACCUUUUAGCUCUCAGUCAGCCAGCUCCACGUUAGCAGCUUUGUCUAAGAAAGUGAGUGAAAGAAGCAUGACUCCCGGGCAGGAGCACCCGCCUCCAGCCAGCUCUUUCCUUUCCUUGGCUUCCAUGACCUCUUCAGCUGCCCUUCUCAAGGAGGUUGCUGCAAGGGCUGCAGGCACCCUCCUGGCUGAGAAGAAGAAAUCACUGGUUCCUGAGGAUCCCUUGCAGCUUUCAGAGAUGAAACAAGAGAAAGCAACUCCACCACAGUCUUUGGAAUUACUGCUACUACCAGUCCCAAAGGGAAGAGCAUCCAAACCCACCAGUACAGCCUCAGAAGAAGAAGGGGGAAAACCUUUCCAGUGUCCCAUCUGUGGUUUGGUAAUCAAGAGGAAGAGUUACUGGAAACGGCACAUGGUGAUUCACACAGGUUUGAAGAGCCAUCAGUGCCCGCUCUGUCCUUUCCGCUGUGCACGCAAGGACAAUCUCAAAUCACACAUGAAGGUUCAUCAGCACCAAGACAGGGGUGAGACCUUCCAAUGCCAGCUGUGCCCUUUUACCUCCUCCCGCCACUUCAGCCUGAAACUCCACAUGCGCUGCCAUCAACAUUUCCUCAGGACAGAGUCUAAAGUGAAGGAGGAAAUGCCAGAAACUGAGGUGAAGGGCUCACCACAGCUAAACAGUGACUCCUGCCCAGGACCACAGAGGGAAGGAGCAGGGCCUGACCUCACAGGAUCAGCAUCUGUAUCCAAAACCCCCGAUGUUGCUGGGCAGCCUGGUGGGGCGGUUCCACCUUUGCUGGUGAAAGAAGAGCCCAAAGACGACACUGGCGCCUCAGCUGCACCUUUUGUGCUUAGCACUGUCGACAGAGCCCCAAACAACACAAAGCUGAAAGACUCCCCUGACUUCGUGGCUAAUACAGCAUCAGCACUAUUCAGCCAAGACAUCUCUGUCAAGAUGGCAUCAGAUUUUCUUAUGAAGCUAUCAGCUGCAAAUCAAAAAGAGCCCUUGACUCCGAAUUUUAAAGUGAAAGAGGAGCCUAAGGAUGAAGAAGCUGGAAGUUCAGCUGUGUCUCAGCCCAGCUAUGUGUUCAGCCAAGAGCCUGAAGCCCCAGCUCCAAGCGUCCCUGAAGAGAAACUCAAGCCACAAGAAGCACAGGCAAACGUGAUGAGGCAGGACAUGUCAGUCAAGGCAGCAUCUGAGCUCCUCAUGAAGCUCUCAGCCGAGAGUUUCAAGGAGGCCCAGACGGUGAAGAUAAAGGAAGAGCCAAUGGAAGUUGACAUCCAGGACUCACAGGCUUCGGUGUCACCCAGCCAACCCGGCCAAAACGUUGGCUACAGCACUUUACUGGGGCGAGACAUCAGCGAGCGCAUCCAGAAGGCGCCCGAAGGCCGUGUGCUCCCAGAGAGAAAUCUCUUCAGCCAGGACAUAUCGGUGAAGAUGGCCUCUGAGCUGCUCUUCCAGCUAUCAGAAAAGGUGAGCAAAGAGCACAACCACAAUAAAGAUAACACCAUCAGAACUACAGCCAGCCCUUUCUUUUCUGAAGACACAUUUAGACAAUCACCAUUCACUUCCAACUCAAAAGAUCUCCUGCCCAAUGAAACUACUCUUCAUGGAAGGACGUCUGCACCAGAAGCAGAAAAGCUGGGGCUGGAGGUGGGAAAUGGAUUGCCAUCUUGGAAAUUUAACGACCAGCUGUUUCCCUGUGAUGUGUGUGGAAAAGUGUUUGGUCGCCAGCAGACUCUGUCCCGGCAUCUCUCACUGCACACAGAAGAGAGAAAAUACAAAUGCCACUUGUGCCCCUAUGCUGCUAAGUGCCGUGCUAACCUGAACCAGCACCUGACUGUGCACUCGGUGAAGCUGGUGAGCACCGACACCGAGGACAUCGUCAGCGCCGUCACGGCCGAGGGCAGCGACGGAAAGAAGCACCCUUAUUACUACAGCUGCCAUGUGUGUGGGUUUGAGACAGAGAUGAAUGUCCAGUUUGUCAGUCAUAUGUCCCUCCACGUGGAUAAGGAGCAGUGGAUGUUCUCCAUUUGCUGCACGGCGUGUGAUUUUGUCACUAUGGAAGAGGCAGAUAUGAAGGCUCAUGUCAACAACAAGCACACAGCUGAAGAGAGAAAGACACCCAGUGAAUCUAACAGUCCGUCUUCAUCUUCGCUGUCAGCACUAAGUGACUCUGCCAACAGCAAAGAAGAUGCAGAUAUAACCCCAAAAAACAAGGGGUCAAACAACCUGCUGGUCAUUUCUGUAGUGCCUGGUAGUCAGACCUCAGUGAACACUGAAGAGAAGUCAGAGAAAGGCUUUGAAUGUGUUUUCUGUAACUUUGUCUGCAAAACAAAAAAUAUGUUUGAGCGUCACCUGCAGAUCCACCUGAUCACACGGAUGUUCGAGUGUGACGUGUGCCACAAGUUCAUGAAGACACCUGAGCAAUUACUGGAGCACAAGAAAUGCCACACUGUCCCCACCGGUGGGCUCAAAGAAAAAAAACAUGAUUCUUCCAGCUCCAGGUCAAAAUCUGAGAUUCUGAUCCAGAGAGCACCCAGCCCAGGAGAGCUGUUUUCAUACUCAUCUGUAAACAUUCACUUUAAACCACUUCUUAAUGGAAAAAAUGGCCAAAGUGACUUCGUGCAAACACUAGGAAUCGUUACACAAAGUACCUGUGCAUCAGUCACCCACCCUGUACUUCCCGGCCUGCUUUGGGGGAAGACCCCAUCAAGGUGCCCAUUCUGCAUCUACUCCACGAACCGCCCUGCAGCCAUGGAGUGCCACCUGAAGACUCACUACAAGAUGGAGUACAAGUGUCGGAUCUGCCAGACGGUGAAAGCCAACCAGCUGGAGCUGGAGAUGCACAUCCGAGAGCACCGCCUUGGCAACCAUUACAAGUGUGACCAGUGUGGCUACCUGUCCAAGACGGCCAACAAGCUGAUCGAGCACGUGCGUGUCCACACCGGCGAGCGCCCUUUUCACUGUGACCAGUGCAGCUACAGCUGCAAACGCAAAGACAAUCUCAACUUGCACAAGAAACUGAAGCACGCUCCACGCCAGACCUUCAGCUGCGACGAGUGCCUGUUCAAGACUACCCACCCUUUUGUCUUCAGCCGCCACGUGAAGAAGCACCAGAGUGGGGACUGCUCCGAAGAGGAGAAGAAGAGCCAGUAUUCAACCUCCAAGGAAGCCAGUCCGCUCCUACCAGUGAACAGCUCCAGGAACCUUCUGUCACCCCUCUCAGUUAUGUCUGCCUCCCAGGCUCUGCAGACAGUAGCUAUGUCAGCUGCACACGGCAGCGGGGCAGAGCCAAACUUGGCAGUGAAAGCCUUGGCCGUCAACGGCACUUCCCUGUGCUUUGAUAAAUACUGGAACUCAGAGUUUGCCCACCUUAUUCCUUUAACAAUGUUUUUCCCCAAAAACCACUACGAUCUCACAUUCCAUCCACCCAGACCUCAGACUGCACCGGGAGGUGCCUCUUCACCUAAACACUCCUUCCUUGCCUACCUUGGACUAACAGAAAGGGCAGAAACUGUCUGAGGGCAGUUGCAUUCUGUACCAAAAAUCCCCCAACAAACCCAGCAGGUUAUACAUGGCUGCAAAACGUAGCCCCAAGAGGUAACGAACACUUGUACUAUAUCAUUAGUAAGGUUUAGCAAAUGGCUCUGUGUGUAUACUUAUUGCAUUGACAUGAAAGCUGCUUUAUUAAAUCUCCAAGAGGUGACCUACUGCAUACUUCUACCUUCAGAGGCAUGUUCCCAGUACUCUUAUCUAAGAAACUAUUUUGUCUUGUUAAGCUGAAAAAAAAAAGAGUGUCCUUAUUGGCAAUCAGCACUUGUAAGAUGACAUAUUGAUGCAUUUUAUUUUUGGGCUUUGUGUGCGUGCGGGUGUGUGGAAGAGAGGCUGCCUGUAGUGUGCCAUGACAUUGCUUUUGCACAUCCCUUGGAUUGGCUUAUUUAAUCAUCCUUCUUCUCCCCUUUUCACACACUCUCUCCCUGCCUUCCCCCUGCCUCCCCCUGAACUGUGGAGCUGUAGAAGGAGCAAUGUUUGGGGUGGGGCAGGGGGAGAACCAGUGUGUUAUUUCAAUGCUGUUUGCAGCUUCCUUUAGUUGUUUGACGCCUUGUAUUCAUUUGUCAAGGUUUGAGGAUUUGGGGUGGAACUGAUGAGGAAAAAAGUUGCUUUCAGCACUGCAGGAUGAGAGCAAUGAAAAGAGUAUGUAUGUCCACACAUACACAUGCAGUGUGUGCAGCCACACAGCAGGUCCAAUUCUCAGCUCUUACACAGGUGUGACAAACACCUGCCUCUGGGCCACAAUGUACAUCUUUUGUUUUAAAAGGGCAUAUAAAUAUUAUAUAUAUAUACUGUGUUAUGCAGUGGUUACCUUUUAGUUUGCAGGAACAACUUGUAUAACUAGAAUUCUAUGGUGGAAAAAAAAAUCCAACAAGGGGAUUUAAAAAAAGGGUAUGGUAAAUUCUGGGUAUAAAUACUCAGACUAAAAAAAAAAGGCAGUUUUGCACAGUGCUUUAGUCUUGCACUAGUUUGUUUCUCACUUGCAAAAAAAAAAAAGAAAAAAAAAACAAAUUGUGGGCUGAAGUUAUAAGACUGUUUAUUUGAAAAGGUACCAGUAACUUCUUUGAAAUAUAAAGCUAUAAAAAGAUGCUUUUGGAACCAUAAAGUUCUCUUUUAUACCCUCACUAUUUCAAUUGUACUUGCAAAUUUGACAGUCCUCUCGCUCCCCUCCAUGUCAUCAGUAAUACUUUAUUCCUUUCUGUUGAUGGCAGAUAGAGUGUGUCCUGCUAGGAAGCUAACUUUGUACUUAUUUAAUGCUCCUACUUGUGGUCAUUAAAAUGACAUGUUAUAUGUAGCACUUUAUUGCAGGAAGAAGCAAAUGCAGAUCGGUUGUAUAACCUUUGUUAAUCUCAAAAUGCCAAGAGUGAUAUUGAUGCAAGAGAAGCUAACUGACUGUUAAUUGAUUUCUGUUCCUUAGAGAAUUUAAUAUGUGGGAAGAAAGAUUGGGAUUAAAAGCACUCUGUUUUACAAUUGGAAGUAUAAAAUGUGAAGCAAUUUAAAAUGAUCAUGUGACAUACAGGAAUGCCUUCAUACUGAAUUCUUGUUUUCCAUGGUGUCUCUUGGAUUUGGAUCUGGCUGUCUUUUACCAGCUAUUAGAAGUGUCUGACUUAGCUUUUGCCACAGUCCUUUCCUGUCCCUUGGCCAAGCCACUGUAGGAGGUGCCCCGAGUCAAAUCUCUCAUGCUGUCUACCCACCCUCGUGCUGUCCUGAAGGAACUUCCUCUGCAGGUUGUUGUGGGAUGGAGAGAUCCAACCAGCCCUUGUUCAUGACAGCAGGAAAGCAACGACCCAGUUCAGGAAGGCAUUUCUUGUCCACAAGGGCUCUUAGCCAUAUGGACAAGUAGAAAUGUAACUCGAUCUUCAUUAGUUCUUAAAUGAAGCUUAUGUAGAAAGACUUUCUGGAUGCAAAACUUGCAUCACUUUAACCUAUUUGCAAGAUUCCUACAUUUGUUUUGUACUGAGAUGGCCAAACUGUCAUGACCAAAUUCUUCCUGUUUGUGGAGGACAUCCUAAUCUGCGCACUCCUGUUACCACACUGGAAGCUAGUUACAAGGGGAAAAUAUCCAAAAUCAUAGCAGGUUAUUAUUUGGCAUUAUUAAUUACAGGACAGAGAAGUCUCACCAUUUGUUUACAUUCCAGCAGACAGUUUUGGUUCUAAAGAGCACUUGGCGGUUCUGUCUAUGCAGCGAAGAAAACCCAUCGGCUCCAAACUGCAUGUAAACCUUUGUGAACAGCUUACCUAACUCAGGGCCCUGCUCACCAGGCUUUACUCCAUCAGAGCUCCUGCUCACACCUCCCUGGGAGUACAGACAAAAUAGAAAACACUGGGUUAGUAAGUACUUAGAGCAUACAAUAGUUACUAUCGUGACAGCAUGAAAUUUGCAAUGUGUAUCCAGCAGCUCUGCCAGUUCUGUAAAACACACUCCACACGCAUCUCUGACCACAGCACAGAAAACCAAACACUCCCAAAUCAAAAAGUUUGUUUUUCACACCAACUACAAGUAAAGUACAGGAGGAAGAAGGAGGAAUGUUGUAAUAAUAGGCCACUGUAUCCAAACCAAAUGGCAGUUUAAAUGGGGCUGGGAACUUCCAAGAAUGAGCUGCCCACAUGUGACCGCCAUGUGUUUUGACCACGUUCCACUGCACCAGUAUCUGACCUGGCAAUGUUUAGUGUACCUGGGAAAUUUGUCUAGCACUUUGGAAAGGAUAAAUUCAUUCUUUCUGGCAAGUUGUAGAAGUUUUCUCUGUAAGGAAAAGUGUGUUAGGAGGUUUUUAUUUUUUUAAGAAAAAAAAAUACACUAUUUAUCAGAGCUCUUGCAUACUAAAAUAAUUUGUUUGCAGUUCAAGACUAAAGACAGGAAUGAUCUCCAGAGGUUCCCCCUACUGAUCAAUGACCAACAGUUCUGAUAAAUUCCCCCACCAUAAAGGCAAUUUCAUACUGGUUUUCACUAUGCAUUCUUUAACGAAAGCUGGCGUGUUUUUUUCCAUUCAGUAAUUCAGUUGAAGUUCUCAGCACUUUUUUCUUUCUUCCUUUUUUUUUUACUUGUUGUAUUAUGUUCAAGUAUCAUUGUAUCAAGGUUUGUGUACAUUAAUAAAAAUUUGUAUUGUA